CAACUGUCAUGACAACACUCACAACUCAAGUACAGUACAAGUUGCUUGUCGGAUAUUAAAUCUAUUAAUAAAACGUUAAUUAUCCCAAAAUUACAAUGGCUAUGCGAGAUUACGCAGCAGACAAAGAAACACUGAAGAAUUUCUUCGUGGAUUUCUGCCAGACCGAUGACGAGGGGAAUAAGCACUUUAAAUAUGCUGAACAACUCACUAGAGUCGCUCACAGGGAACAGGUGGCAUUUACUGUGGAGCUGGAUGACCUGCACGAAACAAAUGAGGAUCUGGCUGAGGCGGUGCGCCAGAACACGCGUCGAUACACGAGCAUGGUGUCCGACGUAGUGUAUGAGAUGCUACCUGACUACAAACACAGAGAGGUUAGUGCUAAAGACGCAUUGGAUGUAUAUAUUGAGCAUCGCAUUGUGCUGGAGGCGCGGAACCACAGGAUCCCCGGGGAGAUGAGGGAUCCCAGGAACCGGUACCCUCCAGAGCUCAUCAGACGAUUUGAAGUGUACUUCAAAGAUCUGUCUAGUGCCAAGUCUGUACCAAUUAGAGAAGUAAAGGCUGAACAUAUUGGCAAAUUGACAACAGUAAGAGGCAUAGUGACGCGUUGCACGGAAGUGAAGCCGCUGCUGGUGGUGGCGACGUACUCAUGCGGCGCGUGCGGCGCCGAGACCUACCAGCCGGUGCGCGCGCUGCACUUCACGCCGCCGGCCGCCUGCGCCGCAGACGCCUGCCGCCUCAACAACGCCGCCGGACAGCUGCACCUGCAGACGCGCGGCUCGCGCUUCCAGAAGUUCCAGGAGAUCAAGAUACAGGAACAUUCGGACCAAGUGCCGGUGGGGCAUAUUCCGCGGCAGCUGGCGGUGUACUGCCGCGGCGAGCAGUGCCGGCGCGCGCAGCCCGGCGACCACGUGGCCGUCACCGGCGUCUUCCUGCCGCUGUUGGGCGCCGGCUUCCGCCAGAUCACGCAGGGGCUGCUCUCCGACACCUACCUCGAAGCCCACGGCGUGACGUGCGUGAACGCGAGCGAGGAGUGCGAGAGCGCGGAGGCGCUGUCGGAGGAGGAGCUGGGCGAGCUGGCGGAGGAGCAGCUGUACGCGCGCAUGGCGCGCUCGCUGGCGCCCGAGAUCUACGGCCACGAGGACGUCAAGAAGGCGCUGCUGCUGCUGCUCGUCGGCGGCGUCGACAGGCGGCCGAACGGUAUGAAGAUCCGCGGCAACAUCAACAUCUGCCUGAUGGGCGACCCGGGCGUGGCCAAGUCGCAGCUGCUCAACUACAUCGACCGGCUGGCGCCGCGCAGCCAGUACACCACGGGCCGCGGCUCCUCCGGCGUCGGCCUCACUGCCGCCGUCAUGAAGGAUCCGUUUACAGGCGAGAUGAUGCUGGAGGGCGGCGCGCUGGUGCUGGCCGACCAGGGCGUGUGCUGCAUCGACGAGUUCGACAAGAUGGCCGACGCCGACCGCACCGCCAUCCACGAGGUCAUGGAGCAGCAGACCAUCAGCAUCGCAAAGGCGGGUAUAAUGACAUGCCUAAACGCGCGCGUGUCGAUCCUGGCGGCCGCGAACCCCGCCUACGGCCGCUACAACCCCAAGCGCAGCGUCGAGCAGAACAUCCAGCUGCCCGCCGCGCUGCUCUCGCGGUUCGACCUGCUGUGGCUCAUCCGCGACCAGCCUAAUCGCGAGAAGGACCUGGAGCUGGCGAAGCACAUCACGUACGUGCACCAGCACGGCGCGCAGCCGGCGGCGGAGACGCGCGCGCUGCCCAUGCGCCUCGUGCGCCGCUACGUGGCCCUCGCGCGCCGCAAGCAGCCCGUCGUGCCGCGCCACCUCGCUGACUACAUCGUCUCGUCAUACGUGGAGCUGCGGCGCGAGGCACGCAACGCGCGUGACGUCACCUUCACCUCCGCAAGGAACUUGCUUGCAAUCUUGCGCCUCUCCACCGCUUUAGCCCGUCUCAGAUUGUCGGACGUAGUAGAAAAAGAAGAUGUUUCAGAAGCCAUCCGCCUCGUGGAGAUGUCUAAACAGUCACUACAGCAUGUAGACGAAAAUUUCCAAAGGGGCAUCAGCUCGACGGACCGCAUUUUCGCGGUGGUGCGCGACCUGGCGGGCGCCAGCCAGACCGUGAAGAUCGCCGACGUCAUAGAGCGCUGCGUAGACAAGGGAUUCAAACCCGACCAGGUGGAGGCGUGCAUCGAGGAGUACGAGAACCUGAACGUGUGGCAGGUGAACCAGGUGCGCACCAAGAUCACCUUCAUGUGAUCGCCCACUCUUUGCUGUCUAGUGUUACCUUACGACUACCUUUUAUAUUUAAGUUGUUUUUGUUGCAUUUAAAUUGUCCACCAUUUUCGAUCUUACAUUCUCUCGUAUAGUUAAUUAAGUUAUGAAACAUCAUCAAGUGCGUGCAGUCGUUAACAAAACCAUCCAUCACCUCACAUUAUCUGGACAAAUAUAAAUACAACCAGAAGAACUAUGAUUUUUUUAGUUUUGUAGAGAUCAUCGUUACGGACUGCUACCAUUAUUCAUGAGUUGUACGUCUAUUUGAGUAAUAAAUAUAGGUCUAGACCGAGGUCCGAGCCGCCCAGACUAACUUGCUAAGACCAAUUAGUAGAAGAGCCGGCCGCAAAUUUUCUAACCGACUUGAUACCACGAUGAAAUGCACAAUGGUUUCCCAUAAAAAUGAUGCUAAGUCCGAAUUCGAUAGUCUGCCACGGCGGAACUUGCCGAAAGUACGAAAAAGAAGGCCACUUC